CUCACAGUUUUCGUUAUCUUUCUCAUUUUCUCUCCUUGUCUUCUUCAUCAUAUCUCUCUUACUUACCACUGUCUUUCACUCACUUAAGACUAUAUCCUGACUCUUAUUCAUCCUCUCUCUCUUCUUCAGAUCUAACUACCUUAAGCUAUUUUUUUAAAAGAAAAUCAAAAAAAUAAAAAAAACCUCAAACUCUUGUGAAAAACCCUAAACAUCUUCAACCACCAUCUGGGUUCAAGUUAGGCUUGUCAAUGGCAGUAACGGAUGUAGAAUAUCCUGUUUUAGGAGAAACCUCUUGUGCGUCUUUGCUCGAACAAUUACAGCGAAUAUGGGACGAAGUUGGUGAAAGUGAUGAGGACAGGGACAAAAUGCUUCUUCAGAUAGAGCAGGAAUGUUUAGAUGUUUACAAAAGGAAGGUUGAUUUGGCAGUUAAAUCCCGAGCUCAACUUCUCCAAACCUUGGCCGAUGCUAAUGUCGAACUUUCCACACUCCUAUCUGCUCUCGGAGAAAAACAUGUCGUUGGAAUGUUGUACAUACACAUUGCUUUUGGACAGCCGGAGAAAACUUCUGGAACGAUUAAAGAACAAUUAGCGGCCAUUGCACCAACGUUGGAGAAGUUAUGUAAUCAAAAGGAGCAGAGGCUGAAAGACUUCUCGGAUGUUCAGACACAGAUUCAGGAAAUCUGUGGAGAAAUUGCCGGGAAGUUGAACCUAAACGAUGAAGUACCUGUCGUUGAUGAGUCUGAUUUAUCCCUAAAGAAGUUAGAGGAAUAUAAUGCUCAGCUUCAGGAACUUCAGAAAGAAAAGAGUGAAAGGUUACACAAGGUGUUGGAAUUUGUGAGCACUGUGCAUGAUCUUUGUUCUGUGCUUGGUAUGGACUUCUACAGUACUGUGACGGAAGUUCACCCGAGCUUGAAUGACUCGAGCAGUGUGCAAUCAAAGAGCAUUAGCAACGAGACAUUAUCAAAGCUUGCUGAGACAGUUGUCGCUCUAAAAGAGGACAAGAAACAGAGGCUUCAAAAGCUUCAAGAGUUAGCUAAUCAGUUGAUUGAUCUUUGGAAUCUGAUGGAUACUCCUGAUGAUGAGCGAGAAUUGUUUGAUCAUGUUACUUGCAACAUAUCAGCCUCAGUGGAUGAAGUUACUAUUCCCGGUGCUCUUGCUCUGGACUUGAUUGAGCAGGCUGAGGUUGAGGUCGAAAGGCUUGAUCAGCUGAAAUUUAGCCGGAUGAAGGAAAUCGCCUUCAAGAAGCAGGGUGAACUUGAAGAGAUAUACACUCGUGCACAUAUAGAAAUCGAUACAGAGGCUGCUAGGGAAAAGAUUUUAGCAAUUAUUGAUGCUGGGAAUGUGGAGCCCUCCGAGUUGAUUGCUGACAUGGAAAGCCAGAUCUCGAAGGCCAAAGAAGAGGCUCUUAGCCGAAAAGAAAUACUGGACCGGGUAGAAAAAUGGAUGUCAGCCUGUGAAGAAGAAAGUUGGCUCGAAGAUUAUAAUCGGGAUGACAACAGAUAUAAUGCUAGCAGAGGCGCUCACUUAAAUCUUAAGCGGGCAGAGAAAGCCCGAAUUCUGGUGAACAAAAUUCCAGCCAUGGUUGAUACACUAGUUGCCAAGACUCGUGCAUGGGAAGAGGAUCGGGGCCUAACUUUCACUUAUGAUGGAGUCCCCCUGCUUGCUAUGCUGGAUGAAUAUGCCAUGCUCCGGCAUGAACGAGAGGAAGAAAAACGGAGGUUGAGGGACCACAAGAAGUAUCAAGACCAGAUGCCCACCGAUCAUGAAACUGCUUUUAGCUCAAGGCCAAGCCCUGUCAGACCCAAUAGUGCAAACAAGAAAGGACCGCGCGUAAAUGGGAGCUCUAACGGGACUCCAAGCCGUCGACUAUCGUUAAACUCUCAUCAAAAUGGAAAUCGGUCAUCUAAAGAGGGUAAACUCAGGCCAUCGGCCCCAGUGAACUACGUUGCCAUAUCGAAAGACGAUGCUUCCUCCCAUAUCUCUACCUCAGACACCAUCCCUGCUACACCAUAAUAGUAGUUUAAACUAGAAGAGAUAAAUCUGUAGGACUUUUAUUGUCAGUGUAUUUUAGUUUGGUUUAGGAUGGUAAAGUAAUUAUGAACACAGUAAGGUGUAAUGAGAGAGUAUUUAGUAUGUAUGUGUUAUAUUGUCAUCAAAAAUCUUACUAAUCCAUGUUCUAUUUUACUC